AUAAAAAAGAGAAAUAAGAGAGAGAAAAUGUGUGGCAACUCGGGUUCACGGGACAUAAAAAGUUGCCCAACGAUGUCAACAUAAAUAUUAUACGAUGUCGUUGGACUAUAUCUCCUGCUGCUAACCGUAAGACUAUAUCAUACUGUUUAGAUGAAGAGAUAGGGCGUGAUGACAUAUUUAUUGAACGGUUGUUAUGAAUGCUACCACUGCUCUUCAUUUAUUGAAGAGCGCUCUCGUCAAAACCAAAUCAAUUGUUAGGAAAAUGUCGACAUUCCAAGGCGUUAAAGAUCUUUUUGGAGGAAUCAUUGUUCGAUCAAACCAGGAGCCGCACGAAAGGGGCAAAAUGGAACAGCUUCUAAAAGAAUCUCUGCAAGCUUGGACUUCUAAUGGUGUGAGGGGUGUGUGGUUUGAAGUAGAACCUGCCUUUUCGGAAUGGAUUCCUGUGCUGAUCCAGAAUGGCUUUUCUUUUCAUCAUGCAAAUCCAGAGUUGAGUGUCUUGCUCAAAUGGUUGCCAUCUGAUGAACCUUGCCAAGUACCUGGCUAUGCACAUACAAUGGUUGGUGCAGGGGCCAUGGUUGUUAAUGACAAAAAUGAAAUUCUUGUAGUCCAGGAGAAGUAUUAUCAACGACCACAUUGGAAACUUCCAGGUGGUUAUGUGGAUCCAGGUGAGAGCAUAGCAACUGCUGUCCGAAGAGAGGUUUUUGAGGAAACUGGUAUAAAGACCGAAUUCAUGUCGCUUGUUGCGGUUCGUCACCUCCAACCAAUAGAGAAAAAUCCCAGUGCAAGAUAUGGCUGUUCUGACAUCUAUUUUGUAGCAUAUCUCAGACCCAUUGAAGGAACGGAAAUCAAAAUAUGCCCUCGUGAGCUCAAAAGUGCCUGUUGGAUGCCGUUGACCGAUUAUGCGACUCAUCCACUGGCUUUCGAGGUGGGCAAAAUUUUUGCUAACCAGCUAAUGGCGAUUACCAAUGUGAAUAACCCUGCCUCAGCGAUUGGUUGUCUCGAAUCAAUCCAUCAGUUGACCAAUAGCAAUAGCCAAAUUUACUUAGUCGAUGGGGAACGCAAAUUUCAACUGCCAUAGGUUCAAAAUUGGGCGUCGCAACAUUUAGUACUUGAGACUAUAAAAUUCUUAGUUUUGCUUGUUGGAACAAUUAGUCCUACAAUUAUGCAAAUAGGAAAUUAAAAACUGCACAGUUUAA